AUGCCCGACAACGGUAGCACCCUCUCCUUCAAACUGCUGCCUUUUACGGCGAGCGACCCCCGCGUAUGGUUUCGGCAGAUUGAUGCUGUUUUCUCGACAAACCGUAUCAUCAAUGAACGCACCCAAUAUUCAUACGUGGUGCGGAGUCUUCCGUUCAAUGUCGCCGUUGAUGUUGAGGGCCUCGCCAACCCGAUUCCUGCCGAGGAACCUUACACUCGAUUAAAGUACGCUGUGGUCCAGCAUGUGCCUAAAUCGGAAAAUAGGACGCUUUGGGACAUGUUUACGCAAAUGGAACCCGGUGAUCAAACACCGGGCGGUGGAGUACACCCAAGAAAAGCUGGCUCAUCUCAUCCCCUUCCUUUGAUCUCUGAUCUUUCUUACUCUAUCAUGACACUGGGCACAGGCGGGGAAGAGUAG